AUGAAAUAUUCAACUACUAUUUUAUCAAUUGCUAGUGCUGUUACUUUAGUUAUUUCUGCUCCAACUCAAACUUCAAAUGUUGUCGAAUCAGGUACUAUUGAUGAAUUACCUGGUGACUUACCAUUCCCGGAAGAAGCUGUUCAAUCUGUUGUUCCAUUAUUUAAUGGUGCUACUCCAAUUUUAGGUGAAUCUGAUGGUGAAAAAGUUUUGCUUAUUGUUAAUGCUACCGAAGCUUCGGCUAAACAAGAUGUUGAUGGUGCUGGUAAUGAUAAAAGAGAAGCUUGGUCAGCAACUCGCUAUCGUUGGUUUGAACCUCACAAAAGGGAUGUUGAAGAAGUUGCUGGUGAUGAAUUAGCUAAAAGAGACGCGGACGCUUGGUCAGCAACUCGCUAUCGUUGGUUUGAACCUCACAAAAGGGAUGUUGAAGAAGUUGCUGGUGAUGAAUUAGCUAAAAGAGACGCGGACGCUUGGUCAGCAACUCGCUAUCGUUGGUUUGAACCUCACAAAAGGGAUGUUGAAGAAGUUGCUGGUGAUGAAUUAGCUAAAAGAGACGCGGACGCUUGGUCAGCAACUCGCUAUCGUUGGUUUGAACCUCACAAAAGGGAUGUUGAAGAAGUUGCUGGUGAUGAAUUAGCUAAAAGAGACGCGGACGCUUGGUCAGCAACUCGCUAUCGUUGGUUUGAACCUCACAAAAGGGAUGUUGAAGAAGUUGCUGGUGAUGAAUUAGCUAAAAGAGACGCGGACGCUUGGUCAGCAACUCGCUAUCGUUGGUUUGAACCUCACAAAAGGGAUGUUGACGGGGCUGAUAAUGAUAAAAGAGACGCGGAAGCUUGGUCAGCAACUCGCUAUCGUUGGUUUGAACCUCACAAAAGGGAUGUUGAAGAAGUUGCUGGUGAUGAAUUAGCUAAAAGAGAUGCGGAAGCUUGGUCAGCAACUCGCUAUCGUUGGUUUGAACCUCAUAAAUAA